ACAUAUUGGACAACUAGUUUCUAUUUUUUCACUUAUUUUCGGAUUUUACGAAACUUCCGGCUGUUUUGUGUAUUGCGGUAGCUUUACAUAUUAGCAUGCAAGAUUGGUGAUGACAAAAAAAGCGAUGUACACUCCAAUACACUUUAUUGAUAUUUUGCAUUAUGCUAGGGAAUUCAAUGCUGUUUAGUUAUGGAUAUGAAACUCAAGUGAAUUUUCCAAAGGACGAGUGUAAUAAGAAUCUGUUUGGAUUUCAGAAAUGUUGACAGAUGACCAUUCAAAUAGUCUGUUGAAAGGUCAACAAGAUCUUUUUCAACAUGGCGACCUGUAAUCAAAAUAGAUUUUUAGUUUGUCUUUGUAUUUUUAUAACAGCCAAUUUGACGUUUGUCAAAUCUGUUAGUACUAAAAAACGUGAUGUGUACAAUUAUAAUAAUAAACUUGAACAGGAGGCUUUUAAAGCACUCUUCUCUGCUGAUGGAUAUUUCUCUGACACAAGGCAAGAACCAGUUGACCCUAAAAUUUUAGGUGGAAUAAGAAUUCAGAUAGAAGCUUUGAAGUUGUGGUCUCAAUUAAGACAAACAGCCAAUGUCGAAUUGGGGAUUCCGCAAAUGCAGUCAAUCUAUGAUUCACUUCCAUACAAGAAAAAGAAGACAAAUUCACAAGAUGUAGUAGAAAGGAUUGCAAAUAGGUUAAAAGAAAGAUUUUCAGAAUAUUUCAAAGUGUUAAAAACCAAUAAAGUUACAGUACAAACGCUGUACCAGUUUCAUGUUAAACAACCAAUAACAAAAAUAUUUGGAUGUUGUGAUUUACAGUUUACUCAGUUACAUUCACUUCCUCAGUAUGGAUGUAAGGUGGCAACAAAAACCAGUUGUGACCUGUUCCCAGAAAAUCUCAAGAAGGGUUCAUUUAACCCAGGAAGGAAUCUCACAGAAGUAUGGAGAGGCAAUGUACAACUGGUUCCCAGUCUGAAGUGGCAGUAUUUUAUAUCUGUGGAUGGUGUCCACAGUGAAUACCCUGGUAAUGCCUUCCAAUGGUUUGACAACUGUCAUGAUGCUAAUAACAUCAGACACAGAAAUGUGUAUGUUUCUACAGUACAACCACAGUCAAAGCAUUUAGUUAUAGUUAUGGACCAUGGUAACUCACUGAGUCCUAACCAACUACGAAUAGCUAAAGGAAUAGCCAAACAUAUACUGUCAUCAUUGUCUGAAAAAGACAGGGUCGCUGUGAUUGGUCUUGCAUCAAAAGUAUCCUUUCCACGAGAACCUGAUACUGACUCCUGUCUCCAUAACAAGAUGGUUCCAGUUACAUAUGAAGCAAAUCUACAUUUCAGUAACUUCAUUGAUAAACUUGAGAAAGAAAAUGCUGCAACCAACCAUACUCUAGGAUUUAAGACAGCCUUAGACAUUGUACAGAAAACUAUGCACAAAAGUCCACUUGUCAAUAUGGAUUAUGCUAUGGUAGUGUAUAUAAGUAGAGGAUUACUGUCAUCUAUCAAUGAGCCCAGUAUAGUGCUAGAAACAAUCGCAGAACUGAAUGGGAGACUUAAAAACCGAGUGAUUAUCAACACAUAUGCUGUCAUUGAUGAUGGUAAACCAGUUACAUGGGAGAAGAGUUUUCUACAGAAUGUUGCCAAACAAAACUUUGCUCAGUAUAAUGUACAACAAAGAAGUUCUGAACCAAUUGUUCCUGGUACAAUGAUGGCUAUAAAUACCACCAAAGAUCUGAGUAUGUCUGUAGGAAAGUUCUAUUUACCAUUCAACCAAUCAGCUUCAGAACAACCUGUCUUCUCACUACCUUAUAUAGACAAAGCUGAUAAAGCAUUGACAAUUACUAUUAGUCAGACCUGUUUCCAUAACAACAAGGUGAUAGGAAUUAUGGGAGUAGAUCUACAUAUGGAGGAUAUUGUCCAGGAUAUUACAUACUAUGAUGAAAUGGAUGGGUCUUAUGCAUUUGUCAUUACAUCAGAAGGUUAUACCGUUAUGCACCCAUCUUUUACACGUCCAGUUAAAACAGAUGUACAACCAAUGCAUACAGACAUUUGGCAUUUUGAGAACAAUGAAGGAUUUGCCAGAAUAAGGAGUGACAUGAUCAAUAUGGAAUCUGGUGAGAGAACAUUGAUCUUGAGAAACGAUGUGAAGACCAACAGAUCUGAGAAUGAUGCUAAUUAUUAUGCCACAUAUAUAUGGAAAAGAGUAGAUAAUACACCAUUUAUUGUAGCCAUUAAAACUUUCUCUCAAAUAGAAGAUGCAAAAGUUUUGGAGAAAAUUACAAGUUACAGUGCUAGUGAUGUUAAUAUGUUGUAUCAUCGACUAGAUCUUCUACCAGCCAGUACCAUGUGUUUACAUCUUAAACAGUUGGCCACAGAAGAUACAAGCACAAUAUUUUUGUCGCCAAAAUGUUUUAAUGAACCAUAUGAUCACAUGAGUUUACGCGAGGACAAGAAAAUGGUCAGAAGUUACACUGCUUACCUGAAAGAACCUUACGUAGAACUAACCAAUCCAGGAAUUAAGGAUGGUGUGAGGGAUGAUGCCUUAGCUACUGGUAGAAUUACAAAUGACUGGAAGUUAAGAUACAACACAAGUGCUCACAGAGACAGUAUAGUGAGGAGGUAUAUAGCAACAACAAAUGGUGUAUUUAGAAUGUACCCUGGGACAUUACUAGACAAAACUUUUGAUCCUUCAAAAAGAACAUGGUAUACAAGAGCUUUUGAGUUUCCAGGGAAGGUAACUCUGACAGCACCAUAUUUAGACAUGGGUGGAGCUGGUUAUAUAACAACUAUCAGUCAUACCAUCUAUGAGGGAAAAGAUGAUGCCAUGCACAGUUCAGCCAAUAAAGUGGUAGCUGUGAUGGGUAUGGACCUGACUCUAGGAUAUUUCUACAAAAUGUUACAAGAUCAUAUCUAUAUUUGUAGCCAUAAGACUGUCAGAUGUUUUAUCAUGGACGACAGAGGUUAUCUUGUGGCACAUCCUGCUUUGAUAGAACCAAAUGGUAAAGGACCUGUAGAAAAACAGCAUAUCACUCAUCAGGAACCACUGGUGGCUAAUGACAUCUUGAACCACAGAUAUUUUGUACACAAGAAAAGAUGUAAUAGAUUCAAUGACAGAACUAUUCAGAGAUAUUAUAAUUUCAACACCAGUUUAGAUGGAGUUCUUACAAAUUUGGUCCAUGGAGAAAAAUGUUCAAGAUACCAGAUUGUACAUAUUCGAGGAACCAAUGCCUUCCUAGGAAUAGUAAAUCACACAUGUGACACAGCAACUGCCUUUUGUCCAUGUAGCAUGUCUGACAGAUUAUGUUUGAAUUGUAAACAGAUGGAGCAGACAGUAUGUGAAUGUCCUUGUGAAUGUCAAUUAGAUGUAGAUUUCUGUACAGGGGGACUACUGGAGGAAGAAAACUUCAAUCCAAGUUGUGAAAGGGUACCAGAGAAAGAAUCAAUACUGAGACUGGAUCCCAAACUUACAGAGGAUAAAACACCAUGUGGAAAACAUAUUUGUACAGGGAGAACUUCUAAAUUGGGUUGUAUCAGUGUGAUGGGAUGUCAAUGGUGCCAGGUCCAUAAAGACAUGAAUCCUAUAUCUACACCUUAUUGUGCUGACCAGAGAGUAUGUUUUGGUGGGAUAGAGGAAGCACCUACUCCAUAUGGUGAUGAAGUCAGAGUAAUGGCUCAGAAUACUGAACAGACGAAUACAAAGACCACACCAGUGGGUCCAGUCGCAGGAGGAAUCAUGGGAUGUUUCCUGGUUCUAGCCAUGGGGGUUUAUUGUUAUCGUCAUCAUAUUCACCGUACAAAUCAUCAAUAUAUUACCACUUUGCAAGAGAAUACAAAUCGUACCUCUAAUUUUUAUGAUACAGAUGAUAUUGAUCCUAUAGAUGAACCGGGGACAGGUCACACAAAUUUUCUGCUGGCGACAUUUGAGAAUCCAGCAGCUGUAUCUCCUUAUCGUAUGAGUACAUCAUAUCGUCGACCUCCAGGUGGGGGUGACAGUGAUCAUGGUUAUAGUACCAUGACACCACACGAGGACAGUGAACAUGCUAGUUUACCGUGUUCUGAACCUUUUAUAAGUAAAGACAGAUACAAACCAGUGUCGUAUGCAAUAAGCAAAUCUCAUGCAUUACCCCCUCCCCCGUCAUCCAAUAGGAGGAGUCGAAGUCCAACUCCCCCACAAACAAAACUUACAAACUUUUACCAACCAAUACCUGAACAAACUAUCAUACCUCAACAAACAAUCUUACCAGAUGUUCACAGUGUAAUAGCUAAUGUUCAAGUUCACAUGGUGGACACACAUUAACAUGUGACUUCAAGGG